AUGUCGAAGAAGAACAAGGGGAAGAAGAUGGCGGAUCCCAACGAGACGUCUAAGCUACUUGCUGCCAAAAUCUCCCAGCUGGAGCAAGAUGCCGCUGGGGAGAAAGAUCAAGAACAAGAAAUCGAGCGUGAGGUCAAGAAGGCUACCAGAGAUUUGAACCAAUUGCUCAGCAACAUCGAGUCCCCCAUGACCCGACUGGAGACCGUGCACAAGAAGUACACCGAACUGUUGGCGGACAUGAAGAAGCUGGAUCGCGACUAUGCCAAAAGCAAAAAGCGGGCCGAUCAACUUCAGAAGGACCAGGACAAGGGCAAGUCGGAACUGAACAAGACUGUCACCAUGAAAGAUAAACUGGAGAAACUCUGCCGAGAGCUUACCAAAGAGAACAAGAAGGUCAAGGACGAAAACAAAAAACUGGAGGAAACCGAGAAAAAGGCGCGGCUGAUUGUGAAUGAACGGCUUGACUCUCUGCUGUACGAUAUCCAAGAUGUCAUGGCAGCAAAGGGCAACCCUCGCAACGAAAAGCUGGAUAUCGACUUGGACGAGGCUCUGCGCGCCAAAAUUAAGACCAUCGGCGAGAAGUUCGAAAUGCGAGAGUUGCAUUAUAAAGCGCUCUUGCGCAGCAAGGAUGCCGAGAUCCAGUGCCUGACUGCCAAGUACGAAGAACAGCGCCGCGCUGCUGAAAACGAAGCGGCCCGUUGUCGUGCACUCAGUUCGCAGGUGUCUACAUUUUCGCAUACCGAAGCCGAGUUGCGCAGCCAACUGAAUAUUUACGUUGAAAAGUUCAAGCAGGUGGAGGAUACACUCAAUAACAGUAACGAACUGUUCCUGACAUUCCGCAAAGAGAUGGAGGAAAUGUCGAAGAAAACCAAACGGUUAGAGAAGGAGAACCUGACACUCACGCGCAAGCACGACCAAACGAACCGAAACAUACUAGAGAUGGCCGAGGAACGGACGCGAAAUCACGAAGAGUUGGAAAAGUGGCGAAAGAAGAGUCAACACCUUGAAGCGCUUUGCCGGCGAAUGCAGGCGCAGGGUCGUGGGCAGGGUCUCACAGCCGAGUUGAAUGGAGAUGACGAGGGAACAGAGAGCGAGUACGACGAAGACUACGAAGAUGAUGAAGACGACGAGGGUAUCAGCGACGAUGAAUACGAGUUGGACAACCCGGAGCACGACAUCAACGGUGGCCGUAGCGCUCCCCAGCCGACUGAGAAGCCUGUCUUUGGGCCACCCCCGCCGCCUAACCUCUUGGAAGCGCGAGCGAACGGAAACAAAGCCAUGAUCAACGGAUGCCACUAA